CCUUUACCCGUUCACCGCCAACUCUAAUGGCUUCUCCAAUUUUUCUUGUGUUUCUUCUUGCUUUCCCCCUCCAUCCUAUAGCUUACUACCCAGCUUUAAUGGCAUCGCCGAAACACUUAAUGAACUCACUGUUCAGGUUUAAUAGUAAUAGGAACCUCUGUGUUCCGAAAUUCUGUUACCUCUCUCAGAUUCUUAAAUUCUCAAUGCCUGCCAAUUCCAGUGCAUAAUGAAAUUUGAGGAUUUCUUGAUGCAGCGGAGCGAAGACCAACAGAAACGACUCGAUCUCGAGGAGGAGGUGAUCAAACUGCAAGCAGAAUUCGAGGAUGAACAGAAACUAAACAGAGCCCUCAAGUAUGCAGUACAUGGACCGGUAUCUUCUCACCCAUCGUUUUCUUCGAUGCUUCCAAUUCAGGUGCAGGUGCUGCUUGCAGAAUUAACAAUGUUGGAGGAAGAGAUCAUUUCUCUGGAGACAAAAAUCGAGGAGUUAAAACGGUGCCUGCGCAAGGAAAAGAAACAGAACAGAGAAUGUGAACUGCGGCGGGUGCAGCAGCAUCGAUGGAGACAGCUAAAAGGGAAACAUUUGAUCUAUGGGUUAGAAAGUCUAAAAGGGCUGGCAGACAUUGAAAUAUCACCCAUACCUCCACCCUAUGAUACAGAAGAUUACAGAAGCCAACAACUAAAAGUUUCUGUAGCUCCUGCUUCAGAAUUCCGGACCAUGAACUCCACGAGUUUAAAUGGAACAGAUGAAUUUGCUGAAAUACUAAGAAGAUGCAAUGCCAGAAGCCAAAAGCAGAGCCUUCUAGCAGAUGAGGAGACCAACACGGAAAAGCCAAAUAGUCUCUCAGAAGAACUGAUCAGGUGUUUGAUAGAAAUCUUCCUAAAACUGAAUCAAACACCAGCAUCUCAGCUCGACUGUGAAAGCUCAACCACCGUUCCUAAGCUCACUCUAUCUUGCAUCAACUCAAGAGGCUUCAAGCCGAAGACUUCAUUCAAUUGUAAGGCACCCAUGUCUUUCCUGGAUGAUAAUACAUCAGUUGUUGAUCCCUACGGCAUACUAUCCGAUCAUGAUGACACCCUUAGAGACGUAGGUCCAUACAAGAACUUCAUCCAAAUCACAAGGAGUUCCUUGGACAUGAGCCGUGUUUCAGAAUGUCUUCCAGCAAUAGGAAAGAUGAGGAUUUUGAUCCAUAAACUUUGCAGUGUGGACUUGAGUCUGUUGACGUACAAGCAGAAAUUGGCAUUCUGGAUCAACAUCUAUAAUGCCUGCAUAAUGCAUGCAUUUCUUCAACAUGGGCUGCCUUCCACACCUGAUAAAUUGCUUUCACUAAUGAACAAGGCUGCACUGAAUGUGGGCGGCAUAGUAUUGAACGUUUUAGCCAUUGAGCAUUUCAUUCUCAGAUAUCCUCAGGACUCCAAAAUUAGCAAUGCAGACGAAAAAGAAAUGCUGCUUCGGCACGCCUAUGGACUUGGCUACCCUGAACCAAAUGUCACGUUUGCUCUUUGCCGAGGAAGUUGGUCUUCACCAGCACUAAGGGUUUAUACUGCGGAAGAUGUAGUUGACGAAUUGGGAAGAGCAAAAGUCGAGUAUUUAGAAGCCUCGGUGGGAGUUACAAACAAGAAGAAGAUUGUGGUGCCCAAACUUCUGCAAUGGCACAUGAGAGAUUUUGCAGAUGACAUGGAGUCAUUGCUAGAAUGGAUCUAUAGCCAACUGCCACGCUCUGGAUCACUGAAGCGAUCAAUAAUGGAGUGCCUGAAUGGGGAAACAAAAGGUCCUAUAGCAAAAAUGGUGGAAAUUCAGCUUUACGAAUCUGAGUUCCGCUACCUGUUACCAAUGUAGCUCAAAGAUGCCCUGCUACACACUAAUGCAUUUGCCAUUUGGGAACAAAUAUAAGAUACCGGUUUAUUUCUGGGAUUUAGAUUAAAUUCAAGACAGUUGCAGAUAUAAAUAUAACAAAUCCCUGUCUUGAUAACCAAACCCAGUAUCAUAUUACCAAAAAAAAGAGAAUAAAACAGUACAAUAUUCUUGCAGUAAAUGAUUUCAAUAUCACAGAUAUCUAUGCAGCAUAAAAUAGCAACACAAACGAGGGCAAAAGUGACUGCAGGAAAAUGUUUGGGAAAUAAUUGCAAGUUCGUAUCUUCUGUUACUUCCAUCAAGUUUCCCAUUGGCAUUGGCCACCCUAAUC